AUGAUUUUCAUUGGAUUAUUGUUGGUUUUAAUUCUUUCAAUAAAUAGUCAACAAAUAUAUGAAUGUGAUUUUGAUGAUGGUCAAAUAUGUCUUGUGGGUCUUCGAUCAGCUUCAUUUAUUCUAUUAAAUGAAACAAGUAAAGAACCACGACAACCACUUUCUGAUGUUACUGCAAUACAAACAUCAAAUGAUAUAGGAGAAUGUUUUUUUCCUUUUCAAUUUAAUUCAUUUGAAAUGUUUUUUUGUGAAAAAACUGAUCCUAAUUUACCUGCAACAUGUCCAACAUUAAAUGAAAAUGGUCCAAGAAUAAAUUGUAGUCAAGGUGAAUAUGGAUAUGAACUAUUUGAAAUUGGACAAAUUGGAUAUCGUUCAUAUAAACUUGAUUUAAAUUCAGAAUUAUUAUCUGGUCAACAUUGUAUUAGAUUUUAUUAUUAUUUAUCUGAUAAUAAAUCAAAUGGAACAAUAAAUGUUAUUAUUGAAGAUAAUCAAUCGAAUCAAAAUCAAACAAUUCUUACUAUUUAUUCACCUAUUCAAAAUAAAUGGCAUUCAAUAAGAACAAAUUUUUAUAUCGACAAUCAAAAUCCAACAAUAUAUUUUCUAUUUCAAAAACAAUCUUCAUUAGAUUCUUUACCAUUUUACAUGGCUAUUGAUGAUAUUACUAUUAUUGAUCUUGAAUGCGAACCAAUUAUAACUACAACUACAACUAUAACUACAACUGAACAUAUCGUAAGUCUUUAUUCUUUAAAUAAUACAUUUAUUAUUAAUAAAAAUAAAUAA